AUGGCCGACAACCAGACCCCCCCCUACAGCACCCAGCCAACGUGGCGGGCGUCGUCGCGGUCGUGGAGGGGCAGCUCCCCCGGCCGUGGGGACUCACAGCCAAAUACCGAUGGCGAAAAGCGAUCAAAGCCUCGCACCCGGGGCAGUGGUCGAGGUGGAGGAGAUUCCGGCCGCCAAAACCGCACCACCGAUGAGAAGAGCAGCAAAGUCCCGCAACCCAAGUCUACGGUGACGUCGACAAAGAAGCCAGUGGAAGCUGCCACCGACGAUGCAGACGAUGGCGAAGUCUGCUUUAUUUGCGCCUCAGCUGUUGAGCAUACCUCGGUCUCCCCUUGCAACCACCGGACGUGUCAUAUUUGUGCGCUUCGACUGCGCGCACUAUACAAAAACAAAGCUUGUGCUCAUUGUCGGACGGAAUCAAAUUACGUUAUCUUCACAGAUGAUCCAGUACGGCGAUAUGAGGACUUUAAGAAAAAGGACUUCGCUCGAACCGACGAGAACUUGGGAAUCGAGUAUGAGAAUGACGUGAUUUUUGAAGACACUGUGCUCUUACUUCGGUAUAACUGCCCAGACGAAGAUUGUGAUGUGGCAUGUCUGGGUUGGCCAGACUUGCAUCGCCAUGUCAAAAGCAAGCACAACAAAAUGAUGUGCGAUCUAUGCACUCGUAACAAAAAGGUCUUCACACACGAGCAUGAAUUAUUUACGGCUGCUGAGCUACGAAAACACGAAAAGUCUGGCGACGACAAGCCUGGUGCUAUAGAUCAAAGUGGCUUCAAGGGUCACCCUGAGUGCGGUUUCUGUCGCCAACGAUUCUACGGUGAUGAUGAGCUGUACGCCCACUGCCGUGAUAAACAUGAACGCUGCCACAUCUGUGACCGACGCUCUUCCCACCGCCAACAGCAAUACUACAUUGAUUACAACGCCCUCGAGAAGCAUUUCUCAAAGGACCACUUCGUCUGUCUUGAUCAAGAAUGUUUGGAAAAGAAGUUCGUCGUCUUCGAAUCUCAAAUGGAUUUGAAAGCCCACCAGAUCGAAGCCCACCCAGAGGGUCUUUCAAAAGAUAUCCGCCGAGACGCGAGGAUGGUUGACCUUGCUGAAUUUGACAACAUGCGAACACCAUUCCAGCCGCAACGCCAGCGCCGCGGAGCUGGCCGAGGCCGUGACCCCAACGCUGAGCCCUUGCCACAAUCCAGUGCCCAGCCAAUGACCAGGGCCGAAAUCGCUUACCAGCGUCAAAUGGAGAUCCAGAGCUCGCAGUCUGUUUCCACACGAAACUUUGGUGGUCAGCUUACUCGAGAAGACGUUCAACCUGUCCGUGCCCCUGAACGCUCCGCCGCUGCCACUCCAGUUCAGUCUACCCCAGCCUCACGUCAACCACUUCCCACUGCAGCAUUCGAAAACCUCAACCUUGGUGCCAACUCUGCACCCGCUACUCCCCAAGAACAGGCGCGCCGCCUGCGCCAUGAGACUGUAAUCCAACGUGCCUCCAGUCUCCUUCGCAACGAUGCCAAUAAGCUCGCCGAGUUCCGUAGCAGAGUGUCCAGCUUCCGCGCCUCAUCACUCUCAGCAACCGAGCUUAUUGAUGCCUUCUUCUCGUUGUUCGACACUUCCAGCACCGAGCUAGGAAAGCUCAUUAAAGAACUCGCUGAUAUUUACGAAGACGAGUCAAAGCGCUCUGAGCUCUUACGCUCUUGGAAUGACUGGCGUGCCAUCAACGAGGACUACCCGGCUCUCCCAGGGCCCGGUGGCCUCCUUCCUGGCAUGUCACCCAGCACCCUAAACACCGGCGGCAGCCGUGUUCUUCGUCUGAAGUCAUCGACUGCCAGAUCUUCACGCUCCGCUGUCGGCAAAAGUGGAUCCCUUCCAACUGCCUCCUCCAACCCAUUCCCCCCUCUUUCUGCCGCAGCCGGCUCUUCUUCUCGCCGCGGCAAAGCUGCCGCCGCGACCCCCUGGGCUGCAGCGCCUCCCCCUGCCCCUGCAUCGCGCCCCGUGAUGUCAACACCUACCAGCUCCUACUCAGCCCCGUCCUCCAGUCGCGCUCCUGCUGCGCCAGCCCCCAGGAGCGCAGAUGCCUUCCCAUCUCUCCCUGCGGCCGCCAAGCCUAAUGUGCUCAUGGCCGGAAAGACCCGCGGUACAGUUCGUUGGGACAGCAAGGUCGGUCCUUCCACGAACGCGUGGGGUUCAAACCCGAGCUCCGGCACUGCAUCUCCCGCCGAGCCGAACAACGACAGUGAAUCUGGCACUGGAAAGAAAGGAAAGAAGAACAAAGGAAAGCAAACUUUGUACCAUUUCGGUUAG